UCCGACCCCGCACACGAGUGCCGCGCCCCGGCGGGCGGAAUGGCCGCAGCUCUGGCCGUCAGGGUGGUCGCCGGGCUGGCGGCCGCGACCUUGGCGGCAGUGCUCUUGGAGCACUACGGCCUGGCCGGGCCGCCCUCGCCACUGCCCCAGCCCCGCACCCCCCGGAGCCCGCACCCUGCGCCGGGCCUCGGAGCCAGCAACAUCUUCUGGGGUCUGCAGAUAUCCGACAUUCACCUGAGCAGGUUUCGCGAUCCAGGCAGAGCUGUAGACUUAGAGAAGUUCUGUUCUGAAGCUAUUGACAUCAUUCAACCAGCUCUCGUCCUAGCAACAGGAGACCUGACAGACGCCAAAACAAAGGAAAAUUUGGGAUCUAGGCAGCAAGAGGCAGAAUGGCAAACUUACCAGGGUAUUCUGAAGAAGACAAGGGUCAUGGAAAAAACCAAGUGGCUCGAUAUCAAAGGAAAUCAUGAUGCAUUCAACAUUCCAAGUCUGGAGAGUGUUGAGAAUUAUUACAGGAAAUAUUCUGCUGUACGUAGGGAUGGCUCUUUCCAUUACGUCCACAGUACUCCCUUUGGCAACUAUUCUUUCAUCUCUUUGGAUGCCACCGUAAAUCCAGGGCCUAAGAGACCUUUUAAUUUCUUUGGAAUUUUAGAUCAGAAACAGAUGGAGGAUCUUUUAUUACUGGCCAAGGAAAGUAGUCAGAGCAACCACAGUAUUUGGUUUGGACACUUUACAACAUCCACUAUCCUUUCUCCAUCACCAGGAAUUCGGUCCAUAAUGAGUUCGGCUACAGCUUAUUUGUGUGGGCACCUCCACACACUUGGUGGACUGAUGCCUGUUUUGCACACUCGUCACUUCCAGGGCACUUUGGAACUUGAGGUGGGAGACUGGAAGGAUAACAGAAGGUACCGGAUCUUUGCUUUUGAUCAUGACCUCUUUAGCUUUGCAGAUUUGAUCUUUGGCGAGUGGCCUGUGGUUCUUAUCACUAAUCCUAAAUCACUCCUCUAUAGUUCUGCUAAACAUGAACCACUAGAAAGACUCCUUCACUCAACACACAUCAGAGUCUUGGCGUUUUCCUUAUCUUCCAUUACUUCAGUUGCAGUUAAGAUUGAUGGAGUUCAUUUAGGGCAAGCUAGUCAUUUGUCUGGUCCUAUUUUCAUACUAAAGUGGAAUCCAAGAAACUACAGUAAUAAGACACAUAACAUAGAAGUAAUCGUCCAGGACUCUGCUGGAAGAAGUAAGAGUGUUCACCACAUAUUUUCUGCUCGAGAGGACAUUCACCUCAGGUUUGAUCCUCUGGCAUCAUUUAUUCUCCUUACUGACCAUUGUAUUGUGGCCCGGGUCCUUUUUGUGAUGAUUGUGGUGAUCCAGCUCAUCAUUCUCAUUACUUUUCGGUAUCGAGCAUAUCCAGAGCAUAAAGGACCUCCAGGAUUUGUAAAUUUGACCUCAUUUUCCCUUCAUGUCUUGAGCAAAAUAAGCAUCUUCUACCAUUCUGUGUUGUUGCUGACACUUUAUACAGUGCUGGGACCAUGGUUUGUUGGUGAAAUCACUAAAGGCAAAGUGGGUUGCUGCUUUUCCUUUGGGAUCUUUGUUGAUGGACAUUUCCUACAAGGCAGUGUAACGUUUAUAGUUGGAAUUCUCCAGCUGGUGUUUUUUAACAUCCCCUUGAUGGUUUACCUGUGUUGGAGCUUGCUACAGCGGUGCUUUGGUCACAGCUUCAGGUCUCAUCUCUAUCAAGGAAAAUACUUGAAAAUUAUACCUGUUCACCUACUUAUGUUACUGCUGUACAUCUGGCAGAUUUAUUCCUGCUACUUUCUUCAUAUGACAUAUGGUACUCUAGCUUUGUUAUUCUCCCCUUUGCGGACCUGGUUGACACUGGUGACGCCUGUUCUCAUUCGUUGUGUGUGGACACUGAACUCUGCCGAGCUUGGAACCUUCAUAGUGCAGUUAAAAAGCCACCUGAGCUCCUGAAGGCCCUGUCUCAUCAUCCACCUGUGUCACCCAGGCCUCUGCCCCAGCAGCAGGCGGAAGGCCAAUAUUGGUGGCCAAGCCUUGGACGUUCCUUGUAUGCCUGGGAGUUGAGGGGAUUACCCACUACUGAUUCCUGCAGAAUGGACUGCAGAAAAUUCUCUAAAUAAUGCCAUGAUUCCUUCCUUCCCCAAGAAGGCAAAGGGUUGAUUUACUUUUGUGAAGAGAAAGCCCUAAUCUAGGAGAUCCACAGGCCAGGGGCUGGUGGGUAUGGGAGUAUCUGUGAUGCACCCAGUGUGUGUGGUUUUUUUUAAAGAUGUUGGGGGUAGGAGUUUAUUAGUUAACUUAUUUAUUUUUGCUGUGUUGCGGCUUUGUUUCUGUGCGAGGGCUUUCUCUAGUUGUGGCGAGCAGGGGCCACUCUUCAUCGCGGUGUGCGGGCCUCUCACUAUCGCGGCCUUUCCUUGCAGAGCACAGGCUCCAGAAGCGCAGGCUCAGUAAUUGUGGCUCACGGGCCUAGUUGCUCUGCGGCAUGUGGGAUCCUCCCAGACCAGGGCUCGAACCCGUGUACCCUGCAUUAGCAGGCAGAUUCUCAACCACUGUGCCACCAGGGAAGCCCCGGGAAGCCCCCCAGUGUGUUUUUUACGUUACCUCAUGUAAAGUACCUAGCACAGUGUCUGGAACUCAGCAGUCUGUAAGGGCGCCACUUAAGGGGCAGGGAACCAGUGCAAACUUGGGCCUGACCCUGACUACCCUUGAUUAGUUCCCAGUCCUCUUUUCCAGCAGGGUUAUGGGCUGUCUGCUUCCUCAGUCGGGGGUGUUUUCGAGUAAUCAAAUAUCAAUAAAUGAAUGAUCAAUAAGAAAUAACUCGGUCUGGGACUUGCCUGUGUCGCUGGGGCGGGGCAGGGCGGGGCGGGAGGAGGUGUAGCAGCGC